CUGUAGCGUAUGACAGCGUGCCUCCGAACACCAACAAAUCAAAAUGUCCGCAGUUUUUACGUAAUUUGAUGUAAUAAAAUCAGGCUACAGAAGUCACAAUGGCAAACCCGCACAAGACUUCUGCAGAACUAGAAGAAUACGUUGUGAAAGACGCACCUCCGACAGUGUACUACGUUCCGGCAUUCAUAACAGAAGCGGAGGAGGCGCACCUGCUCCAGCAGGUAUACAGAGCACCCAAACCCAAAUGGACACAGCUAUCUGGAAGAAGACUGCAGAACUGGGGUGGGCUGCCCAAUCCAAAAGGAAUGCUUGCAGAAAAGCUCCCUGAUUGGCUGCUGACGUACACAGAGAAAGUGUCUGCCCUUGGUGCAUUUGCUGGAAAAACUGCCAAUCAUGUGCUGGUGAAUGAAUAUAGACCAGAGGAGGGCAUUAUGCCUCAUGAGGACGGCCCAUUGUAUCACCCCACAGUAACGACCAUCAGCCUAGGAUCCCCCACUCUGCUGGACUUCUACAGACCUGUCGAUCAAACUCAGACUGGAGUUCUGCAGACUGAAGAGAGCCGCUACAUGCUGUCGUUGUUGCUGCAGCGACAAAGCCUGUUGAUCGUGCAGGGUGAGAUGUACGAGCACUACCUGCAUGGCAUUCGUGGCGUUGCCAUGGACACACUAACGGAGCACGUGGCAAACCUGUCGUUGGCGGGAGGGCACGUAGGCGAGGUGGUGCCCCGGACCACCAGAGUCUCCCUCACCAUCCGUCAUGUGCCGAAAAUCUGUCAUACCAACCUGCUACUUGGCAGGAAGUGACAAGGCUGCAUAAUCAUGCAAUCAGGAAGUGACCUGCUCACUAACCAGCACAGUCGGGAAGUGUCAUUCUCACAGACCUCAGGAACUGGGAGCCGAAAGACAGACUAACUAUGUGGGCGGUGGCCAAGCCAGCCAGGGUGCUCAGGUCUGGACACAGAGCCCCAGGUGAGUGUUAGGGUUAGGGUUAGAGCCCCAGGUGAGAGUUAGGGUUAGUACACCAGGCUUAAUCCUCGUUUUACUCUGCUAAAUUACAGUGUCAUUUGGGAGCUGCAGGACUGGAGUCCUCUCCCCCUUUAACAUAUACCUGUGCUGCUCACCUGUGCACACCCUAAUUAAACACUUGAUUUAUUACCUUAAACAGUUCAGUUUCUUCAGUUAAAAUCUGUUCAAGCACAGAAACAUGAGAUUGCAGUUGCUGAAUACAAGUAAUAAAAAUGUUUGUUUCAUUGGGAUUUGACUGUCUGCUUUUACACAGAUGGUUUGUUUGGUCUCCCUUUGUUGAAUGUGACUGUGGUACCCCCAAGUAAAGGAAUGCCAUAAAAAGCACUAGAGAAGGACCAAGUUUUUAUUAGAUUUGUGAAAAUAAAAUAAAUGUCUUAGCUGUUUGACAAUAAACUUGAGACAGUU